AGGGCCGGUGGAAUUGGGUCCACAUCUUGGGCCCGGAUGCUCUGGCCCACAGGUAUCUUCUGGAGCAGCAUGUGUUGGAUCGUCGCAUGGAACGAUUACACACUGGUCAGUGCACUGAGAAGUGAUUUCGGGGACAGGGCAAGCAUCAUUGCAUUGCGUGGCGCAGGCGGUGAUACAUUGAGCACACGGUUGAUAAGCUGGAAAAGGGGCGAAGCCGCGUUGCAGAAUUUGGGCCUGCUGAAGCGCGCAGUGGUCCUGAGCGAUAUUCUGGGUGUCUGUGUCCAUUGGAGUGUGUUCGCUGCUUGUUCUGAGAUCUGAAAAAAGCUGGAACGAGGACAGGAAGGGCGAGGGUGGAGAAAGCAAGAAAAAGAAAGGUUUUCUGACUUUGGAUGGGUUCCGUCGAGGGAGAAAGGGAACACGCGGCGAGAUUGGUGCUGGAAUCUUGAUUUCCCUCAUUACGAAGUUUCCUCUCUCUCGACUGUGGUGGUCCUCCAUGUAAUUAUGUCAGCAAAUGAGAGCUGUCCAAAUGGCAGCGUCGGCGAUACCGGCGUUACUCGCUUGCACAGGCCCGAGUCAGGUGACCGUGACUGGCACUCCUCGGCUGAGCAUCGUUAGGACAUAUCUCGUCGACAAAAGCCU